UGUAGCUCCGAAGGAUCGGAUAGAAGCAUUGACCCCUGAGCCCUUCAUAGACUGAACUUCUACCCUUCUGGCUAGACCAUGUCAGAAUUCACACGCGUUUUCCCAUCCCCUAAAUUUUCUGCAAAUCCUUAUAUAUAGUUGAUCAACCCCCUUGAGGAUUCUCAGUCUUGAUUCAAAAAUUUCUUUGACAACACAAACCUCUACAAGCGUUCAUGAUGUCUGCAACAAGGUUGAUUGUUCCUUACGGUGGUAAUGGCCUCCAUGCCCGGAGCUGCCACAGAUUCUCAGGCUCAGCAUCCAUUCCCUGGCCCACCCGUCUUUCAGCAGUUUCAGGACGCCAUUUUCUAGGAAAUCAGGAUCUGAAAGCUUUCAGCACUGUUGGGCGUGUGGCGAGUGAUAGAAACACAAAGAUGGACACGACUGUCUACUGCAGUACGCAGCCAGGAGCUUCUCUUCCUUCUGGACCUCCUACAAAUUCUUGGGAAAUAUUUGGCAGGAAAAACUGGAUUAUUGGAAUGCUGUUGUCGAUGGUUGUACCCUUGUGGAGAUUCAAACUGGGGCCAUUACUACAAUUGAAAAACGAGGUGGAGACGGCGAUGAACACAACCGAGCAGAUAGCAGAGACUAUAGAAUCGGUGGCUGAGAAAGUGGAGCAGGUGGCAGACGAUAUAGGGAAUCACCUCCCAGAAGGUGGAAAACUCCGGCAAGUUGCUGAUUUUGUGGAAAAUGUAGCCAAAGAAACAGCCAAGGGUGCUCAUCUAGUAGACGCAGCCAUCGAAAAGGCGGAGGACAUUGAAAAGAAGGUGGAUUCAUUGGUGGAAGAGGUUGAACAAGUGGCUGAUGACGUAGAAGAAGUCGUUGGCAAGGAAGCAGCCGAGCAAAAAUGAAUGAAGCACAUUCUUUUCUAGGUUUUAAGCAGAAUAGCAGAUAGAUGUAUCAGUUUGACCAUAUUUUGCAAACUUGUUGUUUGUCUUUUUUUUUUUUUUUUUGCGCACAUGUGCAAGUUGAUUUUUUGUGGCUGUAACAUAUAAUUAUGCAUACAUUUCUUGAUUGUCA